CCCUUUUCCCCUCCGAUCGCGGCGGCAGCUUCCGCGAAGGCCUCCACUGCAAAAAAAACCGAGCUCGCCACGCCACGCAUCUCCUAGUCUAGUUUUUUUUUUUUUUUCUCCUCCGCCUCGAGUCCCGCCACCUCCGACUCCGAGCCUGCCCCGCCGCCCCCGGGACCGGGAGCCCCAUCAGUCCCUUAGCUCGCUCGCCCGCUCGCCUUCCGCUCAGUCCUCUGCUUCCGCUCCUCCGCUCCCAAGUCCCAUCCCCAUGGGCGCGGUGGCGUCGACGGUGGCGGCGCGCUUCGCGUUCUUCCCGCCGACCCCGCCGUCGUACGGGGUGGAGCCGCCGCCGUCGCCGGCCGCGGCGGCGGCGGACUCGGAGGUGGUGGAGCUCAGCGGGGUGCCCGUGUCGAGGGGCCGCGGCGUGGAGGCGCGGCGGCUGCCCACGAAGCGCGGCACCGAGGUGGUGGCCAUGUACGUGCGCCAGCCCGGGGCGCGCCUCACGCUGCUCUACUCCCACGGCAACGCCGCCGACCUGGGCCAGAUGUACGAGCUCUUCGUCGAGCUCAGCGCCCACCUCAACGUCAACCUCAUGGGUUAUGAUUAUUCUGGGUACGGACAAUCAUCUGGGAAGCCAAGUGAGCAAAACACGUAUGCUGAUAUAGAAGCUGUUUAUAGGUGUCUUAUAGAAACAUAUGGAGCCUCUGAGGAAAACAUCAUUCUAUAUGGUCAAUCAGUGGGGAGUGGCCCUACUUUGGAUUUAGCAUCCCGUUUGCCUCAUUUACGAGCUGUUGUUCUACAUAGCCCAAUUUCAUCUGGUUUAAGAGUGAUGUAUCCUGUAAAGCAUACAUAUUGGUUUGACAUAUAUAAGAACAUUGACAAAAUUCCUCUGGUCAAGUGUCCUGUAUUAGUUAUACAUGGUACAGCGGAUGAGGUUGUUGACUGUUCUCAUGGGAGGGCACUAUGGGAACUAUCCAAAGUGAAAUACGAGCCUCUAUGGGUCAAAGGAGGGAACCACUGUAAUUUGGAAUUGUAUCCAGAAUACAUUAAGCACCUGAAAAAAUUUGUCAAUGCCAUAGAGAGAUCACCACCAGUUAAAGAUGAAUCUCCGGAGAGUUCAGGUCCUUCAGAUCCUAGUGAAACAGGAUCCGAAAGUGCGGAGAGCUCACGGAGAAGCACAGAUAUCCGGGAGAAACCAAGAUCAAGCAUUGAUCAUAGACCUAGCAUUGAUCGACGGGAGAAACCUAGGGGAAGUAUAGACAGGAGAGAUAAAAGCAGAAAGAGCGUUGAUCAGCUUGACAAACCACGGGCUAGUGUGGAUCAACCUGACCGGCCGCGGAAGAGCAUUGAUCGCUUCGGGGGUAUGAUGAGGUCAGUCAAGUUGUGCAAUAUUGACUGUUUCACUGCGGCUUCUGGGAGCUGAAAAAGAUCUGAAGGUUAGUACAGUACUUGGUAGUGCCUCUUAGCCAUCUGUAUGUAUUCCAAAUUUUAUAAUUUAUUAUUCAAUUGGGUGUUUUUAGUGUGGCUGUUUAAAAGGUGUAUUGGUCUAAAUGAGAGUUUGUAUCUCUUCCCUCUGAAUUGUUUGUUCAUUGAAAGGAAACAGCCAUAGUUUCCCAACCACUUCCUUUUUUUUUCUUUUUCUUUCUUUCUUUCUUUUGUUGAAGCCAUUUCACUUGUUACCUGAUGAAGUCCGAAGAAAAGCCUCCCCUGCAAAGCAAUGAGAAGCACUGUCUUUGCAAACUGUAACUAUGUUGUGCUAUUGCACCUUUUUGUUUUGUUUUAUGUUCCACAUUCCACAGAACCGCUUCAUAGCUGUUGAUCGGACUUUAAGUGGGAGUUUUCUUUUCUCCUCUUUGUAGUCAUGAAUGAAUGGAAGUUUAUCUGGUGGUCGUUUACCAUUA